CGAAUACGGCGGCAUGUUCGUUUCUGUGUUUACGUUUGAAGUGGUGUAAGCAUCGUCAUGAGCGAAGAAACGGAAGAAGAGAAACGUCCGCAAUUAUCUCAUCAAGAAGCCUUAAGUAUGGUAGAAAAGGGAAUUUCUCGCAUAAUAGCGACGGAUCCUUUGUUGGCCGAUCUUCCGGACGGAGUGACGUUGGAAGAGUUAAAUUCGCUCUUGGCCUUGGAACAAGGACGGGCCAUGACUUUGUUUGUGAAAAGAGCAGACGGACUGGUCUACGAUAUAAUUAUUGAACAGAAAACAAAUGUUUUAGACUUGAAGAAAGCCAUUCGGAGAUACGUGACUACUAAAUUGGAACGAGAGGGAAAGAAGCGCACGAUUAGCUGGAGAUACGUGUGGAGGAUUUACUGGUUAUAUUUCGAAGGACAGAAAUUAAUGAACGAUCAUUAUUUAUUGAAAGAUUACGGAAUUGGCAAUAAUUCGGAAAUUACUUUUAUUAAACGACUCAGGGUUAAAUGAAUCUUUCGAUUCUGGUUAAUUGUUUUGAUUGAUUUUAUCGUGUAAUGUAUCUUACCACAGAUUUUAAUU